AUGGAGAUCGACUGGGAGCCACCUCUUCCAGCCGGGUACAAUGACCUCCACCGUUCUUUUCUUCAAAACUUCAUGGCACAAGGCACCCUCACGCUGAAACAAGGCAAGAAACUGCUGGCCGACCUCAAGUCAAAGACCACCUUUGAGCCCGUUGACCCGGACACCAUCACUCUGGACCAGUUUACAGAUGCCAUCCGAACUGCGAGAGAGGCCGUGGAGCCAUUGGACUAUGACAUCCGCUAUAUGCGCGAUCAAGUCCGAGACGAGCGUGUCUGGGUUUUUUACAACACCCAGAGCGACCCAGCCAGCCAGAUGGCCACUGUCCAUUCGGCCGAAGAGGUAGCAUACAUCAAGAGGCUGCUCGACGCCAUGUUUGAGACGUACAACACGCCCCGCAUGGAGGUCAUGGCUGUGGAUGAGGGACAGGCACUAAAAGUAUCACGCCCCUCUCGGCAAAGUAUGGGGAAUGGACAUGUCAACGGCGCCAAUGGUGAGGAUGCGGAAGGCAGUCAGUCAGCCACUCGGGGACUCAAACACUCCGAAGUGCUCGCGCUACUAUCGAACCUGGUAGCCGAGGGGUGGUUGGAGAAGAGCAGGGACGGGUUUUACAGCCUGGGCACGAGAGCCCUGGUUGAGCUGUGGUCCUGGCUUGUUGCCACCUACAACGACGAAGAAGAAGAGUGGCAGCAUAUCAAGUUCUGCGAGGCGUGCAAGGAGAUCGUGACGCACGGACAGCGGUGUAACAAUGUAGACUGCACAAUUCGCCUGCACGAUGUUUGCGAGGGCAAUUUUUGGAGGACCAGGCCGGACCGGAAGUGUCCGAAGUGCCAGACGGAGUGGGAUGGAUCUCAGUUUGUGGGGGAAAGGGCCAUCACAUCCAGGUCGGCAUUCCAAAGAUCAAGAGCCGGGAGACGCGGGAGACGUAGCGAGGUCGCCGAAGAUGCAGGCGAGGAAGAGGCUGAAGACUAA